UGGCCUUCAGUUACGCUCCAAUCACUGCUGGUUCAUUUCAGCUACACACUAUGAGCUGGAUACACCAAAACUAGAAGUGGAUAUACUAAAAGUUCUACUCUGAAUGGACUCUUGGGCAAUUCCAUUCACGGGAUGGUAAAUGCUGCAUCGGACGGCGUGACGUUUUGAAUGAGAAUGACCUCCGUGUUGAGGAAGGGCCAACAGGUGCGUGCGGUCCUGUUGCUGCUGUCACUUCUGCUCAGCUCGGUGCUACAACUCUGCAGUGCACAGACACAAGGAGUGGUAGUUUGUAGCGGCACCCAAAAUGGUCUGAGCACGACGGGAAACUCCACAAUCCAGUUCAACCUAAUGCGGGAGAGGUACACCGGCUGUGAGAUUGUCAUGGGCAAUUUAGAGAUCAUCAUGAUGGAGCACACCAGAGAUUUUUCCUUCCUAAAGUCAAUCAGGGAGGUGACAGGUUACAUCCUGGUUGCCCUCAACGAGUUCAGUCGUCUGCCACUGGACCACCUACGUGUCAUCAGGGGCACCACAUUGUACGAUGGCCGGUACGCCUUGAUUGUAAUGAUCAACUACCAGAAGGGUGGCCAGCAUGGUCUGCAAGAAUUGGGCCUGAUACACCUCACAGAGAUACUGGAGGGGGGAGUCCAGAUUAUACAAAAUAGCUACCUGAGCUACGCCCCACAGGUGAACUGGCUGGACAUUGUGAAGGAUGGGACGGCACCUAUUGAAUUGGAGAACAAUGGACCUGAAAAGCCUUGCAGUGAAUCAUGCAACAAGGUGCCAUGUUGGGGACCCGGAAAUGACACAUGUCAGAUCUUGACAAAGACGGUGUGCGCUCCUCAGUGUAAUGGCCGCUGUUUUGGCACGAACCCAAGUGAGUGUUGUCACAAUGAAUGUGCUGGAGGCUGCACUGGACCCCUUGACACUGAUUGCUUUGCUUGCAGGAACUUCAACAACUCGGGUUCCUGCGUCCCUCAGUGUCCUCAGACUAUGAUUUACAACAAACACACAUUCAAAUUGGAGCCUAACCCCAAUGCAAAGUACCAGUAUGGCUCCAUCUGUGUUCCUCAGUGUCCAACCAACUUUGUGGUGGAUGGCAGCUCGUGUGUGAGUAAUUGUCCAGCGCACAAAAAGGAGGUGGAGAAAAAUGGGGUGAAACAGUGUGAGCUCUGUGGAGGUCUUUGUCCGAAAGCUUGCCACGGUACCGGAUCUCAGGACCGUCAGACUGUGGACGCUCUCAACAUUGACAGUUUCAUCAACUGCACGAAGAUCCAGGGCAGUCUUCACUUCUUGGUGACUGGGAUCCAUGGGGAUGAUUACAACAAAAUCCCAGCCCUUGAUCCAGAAAAACUGAAGAUUUUCAACACGGUGCGAGAAAUUACAGACAUCCUCAGUAUCCAGUCGUGGCCUGAAAAUAUGACUGACCUGUCUGUCUUUUCCAACCUGCAAACUAUUCAAGGCAGGUCACUGUACAGAGGAGUGAGCUCUAGAAGGGGUUACUCUCUUCUGGUGAUGAAGAUCCCGUCCUUGACUUCUCUGGGUUUACGCUCACUGCGAAGAAUAAAUGAUGGAAGCGUUUACAUCACAGGAAACAAGAAGCUCUGCUACCAUGACACUGUCAAUUGGACACGUAUCUUGUAUAGCAGUUCACGCCCGCAGCGACGCCAGAAGUUUAUUGACAUCAAAGAAAACAGACCAAGGGAUAAGUGUGUUGAGCUCGGCCACGUGUGCGACCCCAUGUGCUCCUCAGAUGGCUGCUGGGGACCCGGACCGGAUCAGUGUCUUUCCUGCAAGAAGUACAGCAGAAGAGGAACUUGUGUGCCAGAAUGCAUGUUCUUCACAGGGGGGAGCCGCGAGUUUGCUGAUCCAUCAGGAGAAUGUAGGCCGUGCCACCCUGAGUGUAAAGUCCAAGAGGGAAAGGAGACUUGCACUGGCCCGGGAGCUGAUAAGUGUGUAGCGUGCGCCAACCGCCAGGAUGGACCACAUUGUGUUUCCAUGUGUCCUGAGGGUGUGAUGGGAGGCGAGGGCGUCAUCUUCAAGUACCCAAACAAGCAAGGUCGUUGCGAACAGUGCCACAUCAACUGUACUCAAGGGUGCUACGGUCCGGGAACUGGAGGCUGUAUUGGUUCUUCCAGAUACAUUUCUGGACAAGCAACCACAGGCAUCGUACUGGGAGUUAUUGCCCUUCUGUUUGCCAGCUUCUCCAUUUUUGUGCUAAGCGUUUUGUACCGGCGAGGCCUCGCCAUUCGCCGCAAACGGGCGAUGAGGAGAUACAUGGCUAAUGGAGAGAGUUUUGAGCCGCUGGACCCCGGCGAGAAGGGGCCCAAAGUCCACGCUCGGAUCCUGAAAUCCACCGAGCUGCGUAAGAUCAAGCUGCUGGGCAACGGCGUGUUUGGAUCUGUUCAUAAGGGCAUUUGGAUCCCAGAAGGAGACACAGUGAAGCUUCCUGUUGCAAUCAAAACCAUUCAUGACCGCACUGGGCGACAGACAUUCUUCGAAGUGACAGAUCACAUGAUGGUGAUGGGAAGCUUGGACCACCUCAACGUAGUCCGGAUCAUCGGUAUCUGUCCUGGCGCUAACCUGCAACUCAUCAGCCAGCUCGACAACCAAGGCUCCCUGCUGGAACAUGUCAGGAACAACAAGAACAAACUUAGUCCUCAGAGGCUCCUCAACUGGUGUGUGCAAAUCGCUAAGGGGAUGUGUUACCUAGAAGACAACAGGAUGGUCCACAGGAACCUGGCUGCUAGAAAUGUGCUGUUGAAGAAUAACUACACCGCUCAGAUCACCGACUAUGGCAUUGCUGAUCUACUGUACCCCGAUGACAAGAAGUACUUUUACAAUGAAGUCAAGACACCGAUCAAGUGGAUGGCCCUUGAGAGCAUCCUGUUUCGCAGAUACACUCAUCAAAGCGAUGUGUGGAGUUAUGGUGUAACAAUAUGGGAGAUGAUGUCACAUGGCAUGGAGCCCUACUCAAACAUGCGCCCGCAAGAAGUUCCCGAUCUGCUGGAAAAAGGGGAGCGACUCUCCCAGCCCCCUAUCUGCACAAUUGACGUGUACAUGGUCAUGGUCAAGUGCUGGAUGAUCGACGAGAACGUCCGUCCUACAUUUAAGGAGCUCGCCAAUGAAUUUACCAGAAUGGCAAGAGAUCCUCCUCGCUACCUGGUGAUAAAGGAGGACUGCAGCCAGACUGAUGGGCCCGCAGAUGAAUUUACCCAACGUAGUGCAGACCUUGAAGACUUGGAGGAUCUUGACUUUGAGCUGGAGGAGCAAGGGAAGGAACUAUCAAUGGAGGACCUUUACACGGGAUCGCACUACCUAUCUCCCACUAAGUCUCGGAGCCUGGGUGGCCUCUCCAGGCUGGAUUCUCACAGAGUGGUUUUGAGUUCACCCGGUGGUGCUGGUUAUCUGCCAAUGACAUCAGGUGUAGAAAACCCAGCACAGGUUCCCUGGCAGCCACGUUCUCGACUCAACUCUGCUCGGACUGUGUCCGAGAGUUCUGAGGGAUGCGGUACUGCCACCGAAUUGGAGCUGAUCGAGGACUCAUCCCUGGCUGGGAGCCCGAAGCGUAGGCGUCAGCGGCAGGACAGCGCCUACGUGUCCCAGAGAGAUAGCUUGUCUGGUGGGCCGCCUGAGACUCCAUCUCCAGAGAUGGAUGAAGAGGACCAAAACGGUUAUGUGCUGCCCGGAGACAGCCCGGAGAGAGAAAACCUACUGUGUCCGUCUCGAGUCAUUCCUGGCAGGAUGGGCAAGUCGCACUCGUCUGGGCUUUUGUACAACCUGAAAGAUGACCAAUACGAGUACAUGAACAAGCAGACAGAGCUCUUACCCAGAGUCAACAGCCACCUCAAAGACAACGGCCAAAGGCCCAAAACCAAGAAGAAGCGAACGUCUUCCCUCUCAUCGCAGGUGAUGGUGAGCUCAGGCAACGUCAUGCCGUUCGGGAACAAUCGAAGCUCAGAACAGCUUGGUUCUGCUGAAGAAGUCAAAUAUGAAUACAUGGAUAUUAGGUGUAGUGAAAAGGACGAAGACCCUCCAGCACACGAUCCACCUACUCCUCCCAUCAGUGUAGGGCUGACAGAGGAAAAAAAGAAGGAUGCAGAAGUAGAGUAUGUGGAAGACAGUAAUUACCAUUACACCAACAGACAGCCAAAGCUGAGGCAAGCCCUUCGGGAAAACAAGGAACUAAAGAUCCAGGAUCCGGACGAAGGUGAGGCUUAUGAGUACGAGGACAUGGACUGCUUCACUGCCCCGAAGCCUGCAGAAGCAGGGCAGUACCAGAACAUGCAAAGAGGAGGCAAGGGAGAGUCAACUGUCCCCACGGGUCGUCAAUUGGGCUUUGACCCGUACGUAAAAGUGCGAGCCGGAGUUGAGGUCGGCGAUCCCAUAAACGGAGACAGAUCCUUUGACAAUCCCGACUACUGGCACAGCAGGAUUUUCCACAAGCCCAAAGCAGUGCCUACAUGAAGAAGGCUCAUCUGCUCCUUGCAUAUAUUGAUUCAUGAAGGACUAAAAAGAACAAAACAUCAAAAGCUAAAAUAUUGCCCUCUUACACUGACAUAAGAAAUAUUAAGCCAACGGUGUCCAGUCCACUUUAACUUUGAAGACUGGCAGUGAUCAUUCACUGCCAAACUUCUCAGUUCAAAUGGAUUAAAUGUCUAUCACUGUCGAUGGAAACCAAUGUGUUAAAAGCUAUUCACUACUGUAUUCAGGAUUUCCCCAAUGGGAUUUUGCAAAUAUAUGAGCACUGAAAGGAAAUAGAACACAAAACGAGCUAUAUACAGUAUUUUUGUUUACAAUUUGAAAUUAAAAAAUGUUUUUCUUUGUAUAUUUUCUACCUAAAAUAAAACGUUUUUGAAUUGUUAUCUGAAUCACGUUGAAUGAUUUUUAAACUACACACUCCAUUUGGUGCAAUACAGAAAGUACUACAGUAAAAAUACACACUCACCCACACACACAAAAAGAUGCUAGUAUUAACCCUUUCAGAGACGGUGAUUACUACAG